GUACACAUUCAAAUCGAUCACAAUUUGCUGCUAAAAACCCUGUGCACGAACAGCUUAAGUCCUUCAGCCGCCGCACCACUUUGAAGCCGCCGCCCUACCGUCUCAUUUCCAGUCUCCUCCUUCUCUUUAUAUUUCAUAAAAUCCAAUCAAUUCUUCAUCUGUUAGUAAUUUUUCUUUCCUUUUUUUUUUUAGUAAUUUUUCUUUCCGUUUUUUCUUUUCUUCGUUUCCAAUCACAAAACUCAACAUUUUCAAUUCUCCCUUCUGCUGAAGUCCCUCUUAUAGUGAAGUGAUUCUGUAUUUCUCACUUUGGUGCUCAAGUUGAUUAUCAAUGGCUGCAAGUUCUGGGAUUGAAUCGAAUGAUGGUGCUUCAAGCUCAAAGGAAGCUGAGCCUGAGACGCCCCAGAUUCCGCCUUUUAGAAUGCCUACAAUGGAAGAGAUUCGUGCCCAAGAAGUCUGGAACAAUUGUGCUAUUCGCAGUGUUGCAAGUGGAGUGAUGGGAGGUGGGCUAGGGUUGUUCAUGGGUCUGUUUCUAGGUGCGUUGGAUAAUCCAUUAAUGCAAGAAGAGAUGACUGCAAGGGAGCAGUUCAUUUAUACUGCAAAGCAAAUGGGGCGAAGAAGUUGGAGUUCUUGUAAGGCAUUUGCAGUGAUGGGUUUGAUUUUCUCAGCUUCGGAGUGCAUUGUUGAAAAGGCGCGGGCAAAACAUGAUGUUACAAAUACAGUUGUUGCAGGGUGUGUAACUGGAGGUUCAAUGUCUGCAAAAGGUGGUCCAAAAGCAGCUUGUGUUGGCUGUGCUGGGUUUGCUGCAUUCUCAGUUUUGAUAGAGAAGUUCCUGGAAAGACAUACUUAACCAGUAUCCUGCAUUCCUGCCCCAGUUUUUGCCGAUGCUAGUUUAUUCGAGUCUUGAUAAGUACAUAGCUUGCCUAUGGAAUUUACAUUUUUUGCCCAAUCCUGUCAAUUUUUCACUCCAAAUGAAAUUCAUAUUCAGUUAUGAAGGCGAAUCAGAUUGAAAGACAAGUCUCAUAAUGCUAUAAGUUGUGCAAUUUGUUAUACUUUCAUUGGCAACUGUAUUAAUAUUUUGGAUAUCUGCCAUGGAUAUCCUGACACAUAAAUUUUUAACGAAGAAGAUGACAUCAACUCAUCAAAUAUAUGGCUGUAUCUGAUUUAUAUUAUUUCUGAAAGAUUAUUCAGGAUCUUGUAUCUGGCAAA